AUGGACACCCGAGUGCCUCCCCUUCCCAUGGACCCUGGCUUUGCGGCCGACCUCCGCCGGCGCGGCAGUGACCCCAAGAAGGCGGAGAGGGUGUUCGCCCGCGUCAUGUCCUACACCCACCACGCCCUCCCGGACCCGCCCGCCUCCGCCGACGCCAACCUCUGCGCCCUCCUCCCCCACGACGCCGUCGACCGCCUCAGCCGCCUCCCCGACCUGCUCCUCGGCAACAUCGUCUCCCGCGUCCCCAUCAAGGAGGCCGCGCGCACCGCCGCGCUCUCCCGCCGCUGGCGCCCAGUCUGGCGCUCCACCCCGCUCGUCCUCGUCGACUCCCAGGUCCUCCCCGCGGGCACCGAGGUCACGCGCGCCCACGCGCGCCGCGUCACCUCCGCCGUCUCCGGCGUCUUCGCCGCGCACCCGGGCCCCUUCCGCUGCGUCCACCUCACCAGCAGCUGCAUGGAGGACUUCCACGGCCUGCUCGCGCGCUGGCUCCAGAUCCUCGCCGACAAGGGCAUCCAGGAGCUCGUCCUCGUCAACCGCCCCUGGCCGCUCGACCUCGUCCUCCCCGCCACCUUCCUAGGCAUGACCACCCUCACCCGCCUCUACCUCGGCCUCUGGAAGUUCCCCGACACGGCAGCCGUCCCCCGCGCCACCUGCUUCCCGAACCUCCGUGAGCUCGGCCUCUGCGUCGUCCUAAUCGAGAGCAGGGAUCUGGACUUCAUCCUCGACAGGAGCCCCGUGCUUGAGAAGCUCUGCGUCCAAGGCAAUCUCUUUAAGCUUAGCCUCCGCCUUGUCAGCCAAAGCCUCCGCUGCUUGCAGUUCAUCGGCUGCUUCGUUGAUGAAAUCGCUGUGGUGCACGCCCCAUCCCUUGAGCGACUCAUCCACUCAUUGGGUUGGACCCGCGAUGGGGUCUGCACCAAGGUGAAGAUCGGCCAUGCCCCCAAGCUGCACUCAUUCGGAUACUUGGAUCCAGCAAUUCAUGUCCUAGAGGUCGGCAACAUCGUCAUCAAGACUGGGACAAAUGCCACCCCAAGCACCAUGGUACCAAGUGUGAAGAUCCUGGCUCUGGAGUUUCGUUGUGGAGCCCGCAAUGAUGUCAAGAUGAUCCCGGCUAUCCUCAGAUGCUUUCCCAAUGUCGAGACGCUCCACGUCAUGUCUCGAGAAACAGAUCAAUCCUCUAGCAAGCCCAACCCCAAGUUCUGGAAUGAGUGUGGUACCAUAGAAUGCAUCCGCUCGCGCAUCAAGAUGCUGGUUUUUUAUGCUUAUCGAGGGGAUCGAAGUGAGCUUGCUUUCAUCAAGUUUUUCCUUGGGAGUGCGUUGGUGCUGAAGAAGAUUGCGAUAGUUUUGGCCAAUAAUGUGUUCUCUUCCAAGGAGGAGGCGGAUUCCAAAAUGAUGCCUCUGCGCACCAUGAAACGGGCUAAUGAUGACUCUAAAAUGCUGGUUACUGGCCGUAAUCCUGAUGGAGGUAACAUUUGGAGCUUCAAGAGAGGAUCUGAUUUUUCUCUUGUCGACCCUUUCGAGGACUGCUGAAGUCAAAGUUGCCUACAGAUAUCAUCAUGAGAAGUAAAUUGCUCUGGAAGUUACUAAUGUUCAGUAGUUGAAGUAUCGUUAUGGUUUCAGUUUCUGUUCUUGCAGAUUAACCCAUGCUCUUGUUUCUGCUAGCAUGAUUAGCAUGAGUGCUGGAUUUAGUAGUACCAUGUUGGAUGCAAAUGACUACCUUUCUUUAUGUGGUAAAACUCGCUGUUUUUUUGGUUGGCACCAUACUGUUGCUAGCUUUGUUCUGCUUACAAUGGUGUUACG